AUGUCCAAGGCGAAGGCAAAGGAGUCAAAGGAGGCCAAGGUUUCCGAGGAUGAGCUGAGGGACGAGCUCCGCGAGUUGAUCAAGGCACAAGCAGCCUGGAACAAGGAACUCGUGGACUCCACGGAGGAUCGCGAUUCCGCAGCUGCGCAGGUAGCCGAGGCAGAGGCUCUGCUCGCUGCAGAGCACGAGGCCAUUGAGGAUUUGGAGCGAGAAUGCCAUAGUCUUGAUGCUCGGCUGAGCCAAGCAAAGGCCGAAGAGGCGAACUGGACCAAGCUUGCCGACAAUGUGGUCAACGAGCUGGAGAGCCUGGAGCCUCGCAAGGGCAAUGGAAAGGAUGGCAAUCAUGGCAACGGCAAGGACGGCAAAGGCCGCAAGGGUACCAAGCGCAGUGAGAAGGAGGGAGCCUCGCUCGGCUUCACUCCUUCCCAGCUCCUCGCAAGCCUACCUCGCGAGAGCGCAGCCGUGAAGGCCAGCGAGGAGAUGCUUGGCUUGCGAGCGGCGGUCUCGGCGGAGCGGCGUCGUGCGGAGCUGGAGGAUGCGGAGGCGGAGCAGAAGAAGCGCCAGGUGGUCGAGCAGCAGUGCAUGUUGCUAAGGGCACUCUUGGACAUGGUCACAGGCUCCGGCGAGCUCUCGAAGUCUGAGACGGCAACUUUGGUGCAGCAGCUGGCGGGAUUGGAGAGGCUCAGCGAAGAGCAUCCCUUGGCUUGGUCCUUGCUUGCGCAGCAAGCAGAGAGCAAUGGCGUGGCCCGCCGCGAGCUCCUGGAGACCUGCAACCAGGAGCUUAGGCGACGAAGGCGAUCUGCUGAAGAGUUGCUGGAUGCGGAGCGCUUGCCUCUGCUGCUGAAGGUCUUGGAAGCAGAGGGCUUGUUCUCCGGAAGUUGGACCUUACCAGAGGAUUCAGGUCUCACCGCCAGGCUGCAGCGGCGUGUGAUCCGCGACGGUCUUUGGCCUCCGGAGGUCCACCCGCUGCUACUGGCUGCGGGUGCCGAGGAAGCUUGGAAUGCAUUCGCCGAUUCGCAGGCGCUGAGCCCAGCCAAUCCGACCAGGACCAGUCUGGAUGUCCUAAAUGAUCCAAUGUGGCAGCCCUGGUUGGCCUUCAUCAAGGAAAAGAAGGAUCCGGACUGCCUCUGGUCAAUUCAGGAUCGCAUCUUCAACUCCACCGUGGAGUCCCGCCUCAAGAGCAGCGCCUCUGCUGACUGCCUUUGCCAGGUGCCAACUGAGACAACGAAAGUGGGCGAAGACGGGGAAGAAGUUCCUGUGACGGACCCCAGCGUCCACAAGCCUCAUAUUGGCAAGUUUUGUGAUGCCAUGUGGAUGGACUUCACCAUCGACGGAAAGGAGGUGCGCAGCUCUGGCUACUGUGAGUGGGAGCUGCACCCGGAAGUGCCCACGAGCUCCGCUGUCCUGAGCUUCGAUGCCGCGCAGAACUUAACAAGCGGGUCCACAGAACAAGGCAGCGUGGAGUGGACCUCAAUGGAAGCACCUGCCUGGCUUCUCAAUGGUGAGGGGCACUUCGAGCUCAACCCGAAGAAGCUUGUGGGUUCCGAGUACACCAUGGCCGCCUGGAUCAAAGUUCCAUACUUCGAGGCAGCCAAUGCUUCAGAUGCCGGGCAGGUGCGAAUCUUUGAUGCCAUGGGCGUCUCAGGAGAUUCCGAGCCUUGUCUUCAGUUGUCGCAGCGCCUCGAGCUGGAUGGACGACCCCCCUUUUGCACUGGGGACUUCCUGUGCAAUGGCACCGACCUGGUUCGGUGUUGCAUGGCUCCGACUUCGCCACUGAUGACAACCACAACCACAACGGCGACUCGCGGUGUCAACGAGACAGAGAUGGAGUACGAAGAGUGUGAUUGCAGCUGUGCCAUCAAUAUGACAGAAGAAGUUGAGGAUGAGCUGGGCACGCCGUUGAGUCGUAAGAACAUGUGGGCGAUCGGGAUGCGAGCCUGCGAAAGCGAGGCCGCCUGGGAUAGCGGCGCGGACAUGAGCGUGCCUCGACACGGAUCGGAGUGGCUGCUGCUGGUCGCCGUGGGACGAGGCGAUAUGGAAGGUCGUGGUACGACUACCUUUUACUCCUCUGAAGCCCUGGGUCCGGAAGUGAUCCGCUACACACAAAGCUUUGGCUGCGCAACGCCAGGCUGUGCCACCAGUUUGAUCUUUCGGGACAUCCCGCGUGAUCCAGCGCGAACAUGCGCCCUGGAAGUGGACGUGUAUGUGACAGACUACACAAACGACCAACAUCACGUGAACCCGGAGGUGGUGGAGUACAUCACAGUUCGUGGCGGAGCGCCAGAGGUCAGCCGUACAGUCAGAGAGUACUGCCACCCUGAUGGAUCAAACCAACUUGAUCGACUGUAUAAGUGCGUUCACAAAGAGAACCUGGAUGCCUGGAUCCUGAGCCACCAGUCCGACCGCGCUGUGCGCAUAGACAUGAAAAUCUCCGACUUUGUGGACAUGUACCCGAAAGACGGCUUGCUCCUGAAUGGGAUCGCCACCAUCGCAUGUGCACGAGUGGCUCUUCCCGGGCGGAGGCUCCCAAGGUCAGGCAGCAUCCAUGUGGUGGGCGAAGCACCGAGGACUUGUGCAGGCUCUGUCCUUCAAGGUGUGGGUGGCACGGCUGGCAUGGCGGUGGACGGAAGCAUGCCCGAUACGUACAUAUCACAGGCAUGGAUGUGGGAUCGGGCCCUGAACGAUGAAGAGCUCAUGGCACUACACCUGGGAACCAGGACACGGUAUCACCGGGACUACCAGAUCAACUUGCAGAAUGUCCAGGUUGUCCGUCCCGGGGCAGAGAUCAAAACAAGUGGGAUCAUGCAAUGCAGCCAACCCGGCUGUUCAGCUUCGGUGGAGCUGUCGGGUCUCCCGACGAAUGCGGAUGCAAGGUGUUUCCUAACUUUCGGCGUCGCCAUGACAGACUUCAGCGGCCCAGAAGAAGUCGUGGAGUACAUCGCGAUUGAUGACUACAAUGUGGUGGAGCACUGUUGGCCUCAAGUCGAUGGAGAUCCGAACAAUAUGUAUUACUGCGCUGACAAGCUGGAUGUGUCUCAAGCCGCGCUUCGGGGCUCUUUCCUCAAGGAUGGGACGGCUCUUGUUUCGGCGAAGCUCUCUUCGGAGGUUGACAUCUUGGAGUUCCGCUUUCAGAACCGUUGGAUGCUGUACGCAGAGGUGGAGAUUCUCUGCGUCGGCGGAGUGGUGAGCAACGACCCGUUGCCAGACAUGGCUGUGAAGAUCGAGCCGGAGGUCACUCACAUCCUGGCUGCUGCUGCAAAUGUGCAAGGUGAGGGGGGCAAGGCAUCUCUCCGCUUCUAUGACAAAAGUAACGGCUUCACUGUGCAACCCGUCAUUGGUGAUUCCAGCACCGCCGCUGUCCGAGUGGAUGCAGAAGCAAUGUAUCCCGAGGGACAAUUCUGGGCUUUCGUGGUCAACAGAUCCGUGGCUGCUGCUCUCACGAUCGAAGACAUCCAUGGGGGAGCGUACUCUACAGACGUCAUCUGCGAAAACCCGCAGAGAGCUCAAGGCCGAAGCACCUUCGAGGACUUCCGUUCGGACCCAUUCCUGGUGCAGUGCCCCUUCGAGCCUGGCAUUGACUACGUGCUAGUGCUCUACCUUGAUGCGGCAGAACCACCCUACGGCGGAGGUGUGCGAGUCAACCUGCCCUUCGUGGGCCGGUUUCCGGACGUCGUCUCGCAGGUGCCGCUGCUGCGUCCCAGAGCCCUAGAAUUCGUAGACACGGAGAGCUUGGUGGGCCGGGUUUUCGGCACAUUGACAAUCACUUCGGCCGCAUCAGAAGUGAACUUCACGCACUACCACGUGUACUACGGAUUUUUCAGCCGCAGAUGGCCCGAGGGGACGGAGCCAUUUGCUAUCAUUCCUGUGACUGGUGCGUAUCAGUAUGCGGUUCAGGUGAACACACAGCUUUUGCCAGACGUCAACACCUUUCUGGUCUUCUGCAAGAAUGCCCACGGGGAAGCCGAGCAGUCGCGGCAAAUCGGCAUCUUGGACUCUUCCAUGGUGUUGCUGGAGGAGCCAAUUAUUUCGCCGAGCUACCAGAACGGCAUGCUAUACCUCGACGUGAGUACACGGAUUGCUGGCACCGGGGCUCGCGUAGACGUGGCUGUCGUUCCCAAAGGCAUGGAAUCGCUCGCCCAGAGCUCGUUCAACUACCGGCAGCUAAAUUUCGGGCCUCUCACUGCGAGUGCCAUGUGCCUGGAGGCGAACAUCCAGCAAGACGAGGCCGUUCAGUCCAAGGCGAUUGGGCCCUGCGACCUCGUGCCAGCUGCGGAGUACACCGUCAUCGUGCAUGUGGCCAUUCGUUUCGGCUGCCCCUGCGUAGACCCCUGCUUCUGCACGGGUGAGCUCAACUUCCGGAGUCAGGCCGCUUCAGGAGGGGGGUUGGAGGCGUCCCCGACUGGUCACAUCAUCCUGCCGGACCGGGUGCCUCCAACGUUGACGCUUCAUGACUGCGAUGCGAACUGCAAUUUGGACUCCCGGAUCAAGAUCACGGGUCACAUGCAGGACACGGGCUCGUCUUACCCCGUGCUGACGAUGUGUGCAGCCUGCGCUCCACCAUACAACCCCUCAACCGAUCCCGCGCCUCAGCCAACGGAUCCACCACGCACCUGCUUACGCAAUGGCGACGCAGAGGCACACCGAGGCUGGCGGAUCCGCAUUCCGCAAGGCCAUGCCUGCCCGGACAGGAGCCAGAUCAACAUUGCAGAGGCCGAGUUCUACGAGGUUUCGCCUCUGGAGCAAUCAGGACGCAAAGUCGCGCCCGCCGGCUACGUGGCAAAAGUUCCUGAGAUUCCUGGUGCUGUGAAGGAUGCUGCAUUUGAUGGCAGUCUGGCAAGCAAAUACCUCAUGGACACCAUUUCCGAUGCCUGGCUGGCCAUCGACAUGGGCCUCACGCAAAAAGCUGCCAUCCUCCGUUUCAGGGGGCAUUGGGACAUCGACUGCGUGCCCUCCAAGGUGGUAUUGGAGUGGACAGAUGAUUUCAUCAGUUGGACGGAGAGGAUGGCUGCGGAAGAAACCGCGACAAACCAGGAGUUCACUGCCUUCACGGAUCUUUACGUCUCCCCCAACGCUGAGAACUGGACCAAUGGUGCUUUCUAUCAGGUUGCCUAUGUGGCAGAAUCCGAGAACAGUGUCAUCAUAGACGGCGUCACUCCCGGAUCGUUGUACAACAUUCAUUGUUGGUCCACUGAUGCAGCGAACAGCUCUGGCCCUGAGUUGAACCCCGUCGCAGUUACAACGGUGGACAUGAUAGGGCCAUAUCUGACGGUGACACCCGUCUCAGCGGAGGACUUCAAUGUGACGGUCGGACUGGAACUCCAGGAUCCAGGGAAGGCCUACCCAGCUCUCUCCACCUGUGUGGCACGAGAGAGCAUGGGUUUGGCGCUGCCGAACCAGAGCCAACUCUCUUCGAAGGGGCAGCGCUGCCAGUACCUCCAAGUCCCACCCACGGACAGCGAGGCGGGGCGCAUGCCGAUGAUGGAAGUGUUCCGAUCUCGUCUGGAUGAUCAGACCACAGAGGUUCACAUCCAGCAGUCUCAGUGGGGAGGCCCUCGCCAGGACUAUCGCACUUGUGGUCUUCGGCAGGAGCCGCAGCAGGGCCCCGGUGGCUGUGUCUCCCGUGCUUCACACAGGAAGGUGAGCUUCGUGAUGACCGUUCGUGCCUACCAAGAUGUGCACUUCUUUAUCGGGGAGCCUGGACAAUUGGGAUACGAAGUUUUGCUCGGCGGCUGGGAGAACACCCGAGUCACUCUGUCACGGGGCCAUGCCAGGGAGCCAGCUAACGAAGAUCUCGGGCCACCAACUGCUUUGGUGACCUACUCCACACCGGACCAGGAUCCCAUUCUGGAUCAGGUUCGAUUUCGGACCUGGUGGUUCGAUGCGGACCCGCAAACGGGGCUGAUUCGUGUGGGUGCUGAUGAGAUCAUCGGGCACAACAUCCUCAUAUCGUACAUCGACUCAUCACCACUGGAUCACCUGAAUUACGUGACGGUCGGUGCAGGAUAUUGGAGUGCAGGUCCUCAGCGCAACGUCUUUGCGGAGGUCUAUGUUUGCCCCAGGCCGGGCAACCUGCUACAGGGCCGGCGCAUCGAAUCCUCCUCUUCCGCCUUCGGCGGGCUCGCAGAGAAGGCAGUGGAUGGAGCUUGGGGCGAAAACACCUUCUGCGAGUACUGCGCGGCGAACGAUCCCGUCCACGUCUGCGCCUCGACGCGCCGGCAGGACAACGUGAAUACACCUUAUUUCCGAAUUGAUCUCGGCGACCUGCUCUAUCGCAUCAGAGCCAUCCGAUUGGUGGUGCCAACGGAUGGCCGCCCAGAGCAGUCUGCUGAUUGGUCUGUCUUCGUGGGCACUGCUGGAAGCCGCCAGACCGACACACUUUGCACAGUCAUUGCAGACGCCACCGGCGACCAUAUAUGGCCAUGCAGCACAGCCAUCCAGGGCAGUUGGGUCAGUGUAUGGGGCAGCGUGACGCAGCUCCGAUCCCUGCCGGAGCCCUUCGGGAUGCGAAUCUGUGAGAUUGAAGCCUAUGCCACUGCCUUUGACACCCGGCUGGAGGAUAUCGUGAACAAAUUUGACAUGGCGGAGGGUCUACCGACGCCGUUCUCGGACAAUGGCACUAUGCAUCAUGUGACGAUCGGUGGCCUCCAGCCGAAUCGCAGCUACGAGGUUUUCUGUUACGGGGAGGAUGACUACGGCAAUCAGAUGUACAGCCAGUCAGCACCGGUCACGUUCCACACCACGGACACCACUGCACCAAAGGUUAACAUCCAGCACAUCUACCCGAGUGACCUGUCCAUCACCGUGGAAGUGAGCUUGAUGGACCCGGGGCAAAGCUAUCCUGCUAUGGCCAGAUGCAUGGCCACGACCAAGGACGGCAAGGCGCCCCAGGAGCACGAGAGGUACUUUGAGCAUCGAUUCUGGCGGCUGCGUUUCGACACCAGGUACACGACACUCGACCGAGAGUGCGCAGAUCGAAUCCUCCUCCGGACGGUCCACCUGCAAUCUUGGGGUGGGGAGACCUUCAGGAACGCGAUGUUUGGUUCAGAUCCAACAUACCCCCAGGAUCAGAUUGGUCUUGACACGGACUCUGAUGGCCUCGUUGAUCUUGUCGAGAUCGCACAGUGGUCUUUGCCAAUGGAAGAUGCAUGGGUUGGCAUCGACCUGCAGCAUAGGCCCGAGUCUGAGCGCCGCGUCCGGGAACAGGGGGUCCUUUUCGAGGGAGACCUGGCUGUGGCGAUUCGCUGGGAAGGCAACGUGAAUGACCUGGACCUUGCGGUGAUUGGUCCAGGAGACGAGUACUUGGAGUUCAAUCUCACAGACGGGGAUUAUUACCGAGUCAGCGAUUUCGGCGUCUACGCUGUGCAGUGCAGCCCAGGCGACAAUUGCCCAGCGCCGAUCCUGAGCACUAUAUUCGUGCUUGCCAUUGCCGGAAAGUAUGACGUUCAGGUCUACAGACGCGCUGCUGCUGCCGAGCCUUGGGCAGACAUCCAAAUCACUGCCACAGUGCGGCUCUGCGGUGAGGAGAUGGAGUACAGCGCUGUGCUACCUGCUGACGAGCACAACGAUACCAUCAUCUCAGGUCUCAGCGUGGGAAGGCAGGGCUGUGCCCGGCAGUUCCGACACAUGGCACUCUUUGACCAGCUGCGGAGCUGGCAAAGCUCCGCCCGCUAUGGCACAGCAGAAGAAAUGGUGUGGUUCAUGGGGGACACAGACGAGACGUCCUGCAUGGAGACUGGUGGCGAAGGUACCAGUGUAACCGACAGCAGGCCUUGGUGGCGGAUGACGCUGGAGAGGACGCAGCUCGUGCAGGGACUCUGGCUGGCUGGGCUACCCGGGCCCGGUGUGGCGACCAUGGCAGACGUGUACGUCUCGUCGAGCGAUCAGCAAGAUGUAGGGACGGUCAUCUCCGUGGAUGACUACAUCGGCCAGACCUUCUACAUUUACAAUGACACGACCCAGUACUGUUACAGGGUCUCCGUAGGGCAGAUGGUUGAGGAAGACACGCUGUCGUCUUCCGCCGCAUGUGAUGCCACUGGCUUCGCGCCAGCAGCUUCCGCGACCUACUUCUUGAUUGGUGGAUACAGUUCCACCGUGGACAAUGUACAGUCCUACGUGAACGGUGUUAGCUGCGGCGCCGGACAGCGCCAUGCCACCCUCCGUGCGGUGAUCGAUGCCAGUCUCAGUUCUCUGGUGGUGACCGUGGGAGAGGUCGCAACAUGCCACUACGAAGUGGUGCUACACAUACCACUGGAUGACGUUCUGACGCAGGGCACCCUCUGUGCACAGGAUGUUCCGAUAGGAAAUCUGCAGGAUGCUUUCAAGCCGGCGUUGCCCAUCGCAUGCAUUCAGGAGAGCAGGGGCAGUACUGUGUGGGUCGUCGCGAAACCGGAGGGCAAGCGGCUGCGGCUCUGCGAGGCGGAGAUCUUCGUCGAGCCGCUUCCCACAGUGACGCAGGUGAAAUUCGACUACGGAGACGCUGGAAACGAGACCACGGGUUCCGUCUGCGGGGCCAACAACAUCAGCGUGGAGUUCUCCGACGACAACUCGACCUGGUUGAAAGCCUGGGAUGCUUUCGCUGAUGGCCAACUUGCCCAAGAAAUCCAGACUGCGCGCUGGAGCUGGUGGCAGCGUUUGUUCGCUCUGCCGUUCCACGCCAACUUCAGCCGUGCAGAAGCUCAGAACUUGACUAUCCCAAGUUUGCGAGAGAAUUCAACGUACGAUGUGCUCUGCUGGGCAACAGAUGCGGUUCACAACGACAUCAUGCAAAGCAUGGUGAUGUUGCCUCUUCCGUGGGCAGACACGAGAUACGAGGCGACCACGGACACCGUCGACUACCCUGGAGCUCGUCGCCUGCAGGGAGUGGAUGAUGAGACCCUGAAAUGCUCUGGCUGGGUGCGGGAGUUGAUGCCCUGCGAGGAAGAGAUUGCCACCUCUGACAAGCUCCAGCCCAGUAUUGCGCAGGCAACGGUGGCAGGGAUCGAAUCGACGACCGAAGGUUUCCUUGCGGGCACCACGGAGCGUGUCACGUGGCAGAUGGAGCUCCGCGAUGGGAGUUGCAGCCAUCGCCUCGGUGGAGUCGCUCUUUGCAUCGUGCGAUGCGAGAUCGUCGAGGAGGACCUCAGCUGGUUGGUCCAAGCACCAGGUGACGGAUGUCAAUACCCCCGAUGCUCGCAGAAGACCUGGUCGAACGAGUACCCGGUGUAUUUGGUGUUUGGGCAGCUGCGGCCCGCAAAAGAAUACACCGUGCGCUGUCUCGUGAUGGAUCCAUGGGGCAAUGCCGUCAUGAGCGACUCGAAGAUAUGGAUCCCUGGCCACACCACGCAGUCAACAUCCAGCACACCCACCGCAACCACCCAAGCACCAACUCCACCACCCACCACACCUGCACCGACUACGACAACAGUGCGCACAACACAACCCCCCGUCGACUAUUUUACCACACGACCACCAGCUACGACACAGGGCGGAGGUGGAGGUCAGACAGCGCCUCCCACCACACGGCCACCCCUCAUUUACACGACAUCGGCCACUCCAGCACCACCCACGCUGCCACCAACCACCACGACCACGGAAGCUCCUACAACAACUGAACCUCCCACAGUCCCUCCGUGGCUUGUGGACUUCACCCCUUCAGGCCCAGUGAGAACAGAGCUUUCUCUCAGCACUUCUUCAAGAGAAGAUGCUGAAGAAUUGACUUUCCCUACUGCGACGUACGCGUUGCUUUCAGCACUGAGGCUAGCACUAGGGCUGGGCACUAGCGACAUGCUCGUCAUUCUGGGCAUGGAUGUGUACUACCAAGGCGAUGCAGGCGCCGGCCGCCGGCUCUCCGGGCGAUGGCUUGUCCGCGUGCGCUUUGAGGUCACGUCUCCAAGCCAGGCGCAGAGCAGGGCGAUUGCUCAAAGAGUUGGAGAGCUGGGCUUGCCUGGAAGCAGCACUGCAUCAAGCUUCCAGGAAGAGUUUGUGCAGGAACUGAUGCAGUCAGGUUCGACAGUGGUGCCCACGGUGCAGGCAGCGAAGCCUCUUCAGGACGGCGAGUCCUGGUCACCGCUGCCGAGCCCCAGCCCACCACCCUCGCCGAGCACCACCGGGCCCGCUGUCCAAACUGGGGGCUCCACAACGGAGAUGUCGUCGGAGCCAGUGGCCAGCGGGGACAUGGCGUGGAUCGUUCCGGUGGCGAUCACGGCUUUGGCCCUGUGCAUCUGCACGCUGGCGGGCGGUGUUGCAUACGCGAUGUGCUAUUUGCAGCCC